CAAUGGAACUAUUAUUGGUGCUGCUGUGGGUGGUGCUGUACUUCUUGCAGUUUUAGUCAUCUGCAUUAUCAUAGUAUGGAGACGACGGAAGGCAUGGUAUGUUAAUAAGAAGUAAAUAAAUAUAAAGCUAAUUAUAAUUUGCUCAUCUUUUUUUUUAGGUACUACAUUUUUACUGUAAAAAUUGAAGAUAAGCCCCUCCAUGUUUUAACCCCUCCAAAUAUAAGCCCCCCAAAAACUCAUAACACAAAAAACAUUUCGUUAAAUUGCCCCUCUGAAUAUAAGUCCCUGAGGACUUGUACUAAAUUGCCCUCAAAUACAAAGUAAAAUAAAGCAAUAAUGGUACAGUAACAUAUAUAUUUUUGUAUUUUUCAAAUAACUAUUACAUGUGCUAAAUGAUUGCAGUCAGAAAGUGUAAUUGCAGUUUGUUCAGUUUGUGUAGUUCACUCUUCACUCUUGGCUUGGAUUUCCCCAGUCCAUAUGGACAAAGCAAUUGCAUGGCUUGGUUUUAGUAAGGUCUAUGUCCUCAAGGCAUCUUUCUGCAAAUUACUGACAUAAAUUUCCUUCCAACUAUAAGGUAGCUCAAUUGAUUUUGAGACACAAAUUUCCCUCCAAGUAUAAGCCUAGCCGAUUGUAAAACGCAAAUUUCCCUCCGUAUAUAAGCCCCUUAAAAAAGGGUCUUUGAAAAAUAUAAGCCCCAGGGCUUAUUUUCGGAAUUUUAUGGUAUUUACUUUGACUGUAUAUUAAGACUUAAGUUGCUGUCACCUUUUUUUGUAACUGGUCACUGGUUAUUUUUUUUAUCAGAUUAGGUCUUUUUAGAGGGAACGACAUGAUCAUCAUAAUAAAAAUUUAAAUAGGUGGUCAUAUCUAUAACACAUAUUUACUAGAUAUACAUGUAUUUUUAUAUCCUAUACUUUUCAAAUCUUUAGCUACAAAAUCAUAUUCAUUGUUUUUUUAUAAUUUUAUAAGGAAAAGCAAGGACAAGGAAGCCAAUCCAGAAAGGACUAACAAACACAGUACGUUCCGUCAGAUGCACAUAUAUAUAACUAUUUGCAUUUUUAACACAGUUGUUACUGAUUAGACUUCAUGUUCAUUGAUUGUACUAUAUUAUAUUUGAAUUCAGAAAGCAAGACAUAGGUAAUAAAAGUAAAUGUUCAGUAUAAUGAAAAUCCACUGUACACUGUACUUAAUAUUUUUUUUGUUUAUCAUUGUUUAUGUAUUAAGGUAUCAUGAAGUUUUCCAUUAGAUAAGGGUUUCUGUUUGCAUGUAUACCACUACACUUGAAGAUGUAGUAAAGUAUAGGAUACUCUUGAACCAGCUAUUCUUAUGAUUAUGAUUAUUAUUAUUAUUAUGUAGCUGGAAAUGUUUUCCCAACAGUGUGUGCUCUCACUGGCUACUUCAAGGUCAUAUGAAAUUGAACAAUGAAACCGCUUCCUGUCAAAAUCUCUGAGCGGGGAGCUUUGCAAAAUCUAUAUGAUGUCAGAGGGUGACAGUGCAGUGUUACCUGCAAAUGUUGACCGACAACUGCCGUUACAAUGAGGUUUAAUAUGAAUUUCCAGCUUCAAAAUUUCUAGCUAUAUAACAAAUCAUUUUAAGACCGGUCCCUUGGGAAACAGUUAAUUGGCUCUGCCUUGGGAAACAUUCAGUUUUUGGGAAACAAAAUUAACUGUUUCCCUUGGCACCACACAGUCAAAGUGUGUAUUAUAACAGAGUAUUAUAAUAUUUCAAAGUUUUUUAAAUUUUGCCAGGAAAAAAAGCCCAAGUUAAGAGGAAAAAUUAAUAAAACUUCAAAAUGGAGUAUUUAACAAUUAUUCCUCGAGCCCGAAUGGGCUCUGAGUCAAUAGCCCAUGAGGGCGAAGGCCGAGAGGGCUAUUGACUCAGAGGCCAUUUUUGACCAACUAGUGGGUCAAAAAUAUCGAGAAUAAAAAAAUUUUAGCUAGGUAAAAGCUACACUUUAAUCCUUUUUUGCCGCCAAAAAGCCUGCGCUUUUCGCUAGUAGUGGGCUAUAACAUAUAGCCUAGUAGUAGCUCAACCAAUCAGAAUGCAGCAUUGAUAAUAGACCACUAGUUGGAUUUUACUUAAAAAUAUUAGCUAAUCAGUAUAGUCAAGGAAGCUCAUUUUGAACUCACUAAACAUUUGCUUUCCUAUUGUAGUGAAAAACCCUGUGUAUGGGAGCUCAGAGAAUGAAAUCCAACUGGAUGAACAAAUGGGAAGGAAAACCAAGCCAUCCAUUGCACAGGAAGACCAACCAACAUAUCAGAGACUAAUUUUGGGCGAUGGUAAUAUUAAUCUCUUGCCAGUUUAUAAGUUAUUUACUUUAACUUUUAACCUUUUUUUCGAAUUCAUUCAGCAGAAACUGUAACUCACAGCGUUUUGUAAGUUUUGCAAGAUUAAUACAGGCUGAAAUCAAUGUUAUUACAUUAAUACCACAUAGUAGCUUUGCAAUAAAACACAAAAAUACUCUACUUACAAGCUUUCCGUUACUUUUUUUAAAUUAAAUAACUUUCAAUACAAAAGAGAAACUAUUCACACCAUAGUGUUGGCAAUGAGUCGUCUGGUAUUAAUCAACAAAAUACAUUCAUUUAGUUUAUAAUGACAUAUAGGUAGCCCUUGAAAUUUGAAUUACAAUAAAGUUUGCAUUAUUUUAUGUUAUUAAUAUAUUUAGUCCUUUUACAACAAUUUUACAACUUGAUUACAUUUCAUCUUGAUUGUUUUGAAUUUAAAAGUACUUUUUUGAUGAAGAAAGAAACGAACUAGUUUUCUUUCCUGCUUUUCCUUUCAGGGCAAAAUAAUGGCGCAGCAGUAUGCAGCAGUGCUGAGGAUGACUAUGAUAACUGCACUGUAUACCAAGACCUGAAUAAACAGAUUCCUGAGACACCUGCGUACCUUGGCCUGUCAAAAGGUCUGCCAGAAGGAGCUCCUACCACAGAGAUACCAAACUCCAGACACUCCACAAUGCCAGAUCCCAAGCUGAAACCAAGUGCUGGAGGGAUACCAUCUUCCAAAGCAAAUGGCACCAUAGGGGUACUUAAGUCCAAAUCUGCGACUGAAAGGCCAAAGAGAGGGCCCAUUAUAGCCCAGGAACCUGUGUAUAAUGUCCUCGAUGGACCUGGUACAGGCCCAAGGACCACAACAGAGCCAUUGUAUAAUGUGGUUGAAGGACACGAAUAUGCAACCCCAAAUGUUGACCCUUUGUAUAAUGUCCUGGAGGGCCCUGAUUCUAGCCAGAGUGUACCUAAAAGUGGACCAAACACCACAGAGGAAGCUGUUUACAAUGUGCUAGAAAGCCCUGAUGCUACAAAUGGCCCCACUAAUAAGCAAGGUACUGAAAAUGAUGCUAUUUACAAUGUGCUUGAGGCCCCAGAUUCUGACAAGAAUUCAGUAGUUGCUCAGGGCCGUUCAGGGCCCGGCAAUGAGCCCCUGUAUAGUGUACUUGAGGAACAAGGUGGAGAUGGAUCAAAACAGAAUGCACCAAAUAAAUCAUCUUCAAUAGGUGGAGUCGCUAAUCCAGCAUAUGAGCAAACUCUUGAUUUUGAUGCGUCAUAUGCAGCUGUACGCAGACCAGGGACACGUGGAGAGUCACUGUAUGAGCCCCUGAGGCGAUCUGGACAAGACGUGUAUCAGCCCCUUGGCUGA